AUGGUCGCCCAGGGACGCAUGCAGAAUGCCAACAAGGAUGGGCUGUGCUCAGGAGACUCUGCAGCCAGCAAUCAGCUGAAGAAGGGCGAUAAGAACGGGAAGGGCCUGAGUCAUUUCUCCAUGAAGGCGUGUGCAAAGGUGCAGAAGAAAGGCAACACGUCCUAGAACGAGGUGGCCGACGAUCUGGUGGCCGAGUUCACCCACUCCACCACCGUCAUGGCCACAGACUCGCAGGUGUAUGACCAGAAGAACAUCCGCAGGCGCGUGUAUGACGCCCUCAACGUGCUGAUGGCCAUGAACAUCAUCUCCAAGGAGAAGAAGGAGAUCCACUGGAUUGGCCUGCCCACCAACUCAGCCCAGGAUUGUCAAAACCUGGAGGUGGAGAAACAGAAACGCCUGAAUAGGAUCAGGUAGAAGAGAACUCAACUGGAUGAACUCAUACUGCAGGUACGUGUCAAAUCUCUCAAGAACCUAGUGCAGAGAAACAAAGCCAGUGAGGCUUCCUCCCCGGCCCCUCCCCCUUCCAGCUCUGUCAUCCAGCUCCCCUUCAUCGUCCUCAACACAGACGUACGCACCGUCAUCGACUGCUCCAUCUCCAGCGACAAGUACGAAUACCUUUUCGACUUCAACAACACCUUUGAGAUCCACUACGAAGAGAUUCUGAAGAGCAUGGGGUUGUCCCUGGGCCUGGAGAGUGGGAAGUGCACCGCAGACAAUCUCGUCCUGGCCAAGUCCCUCAUUCCCAGGUCCCUGGAGAUCUACAUCAUAGAUGACCUGGACUCUGCCUCUUUGAAUGGAAGGAGGAGCUACAGCCACAGUAGCACCACCCUCUCCGAGUCUCGAGGCCAGACGCCCAGCUCCUUCAACGAGGAAGAGGAGGACGAUGAUGACAACAAACCCUCUUCCCCAGAGUGA